GUCAGCAGGCACCCUCGCCAUUCCGAAGAGAGUCCGCGGAGAGGAAGGAGGGCGUUGAAGUCUCUCCUUCUCUUACCUCAUUCUCCUUCACUCCCUUGAAAACAACGCACCCCGCGGCCCCAAGGAUGACCGAGUGAACGUUCUACAGUGUGUACAAAUCAAAGAAAGAAAGUGACACAGAGACAACAAAAAAAAUAGAUAAAUAAAGCGAAGGACAGACAUAUAGACACAGAGUUGGCAAUACUGCACCAAAUCUGCAUCCUAGCGUGAAAUCAAGGCUGCUAACUCGCCAAGAUGAAGAAAACCGAGAAGAAUAUAGAAUACGCGGAUCCUGGCAUAUUUACCACCAACUACAUCAGGAAUUCUAAAGCCAUUGGUGUUCUGUGGGGCGUGUUCACCAUCUGCUUUGCCAUCAUCAAUAUAGUGGUGUUUGUUGAGCCGCAGUGGAUUGGUGACACACUGGAUUCAAAGGGGACAGGCCACUUCGGGUUAUGGCAAUGGUGUGCGGGCGGCGGCGUGGGCGUGGGUGUGGGUGGCAGCAGUAGUAGCGGCAGCAGCAGCGAGAAGGCGAGCGGGGAGGUGGCGGGACGGUCGUUGGAAUGUCAGGGGCAGCUUGACCAGUUCGACACGCUGCUCAACACCCCGUCCCGCGUGGCUACGGUGCUGGUGGGCCUCUCCGUGGUGCUCACUGUGCUCACUAUCUGUGCCAUGUUGCUCUUCUUCUUCCUCAGGUCCUCCACUGUCUUCCAUCUCGCAGGCAGCAUGCAGCUCUUGGCCGCACUGCUUCUGGGUGUGGGUGUGGCAGUGUUCCCAGCAGGAUGGUCGGCCUCUGAAGUGCGCGCCGUUUGUGGGCCCACCGCGCGGCAGUACCACGUCGGGGAAUGCGAGGUGCGAUGGGCGUUUGUCCUGGCCAUCAUAGGAGUACUGGAUGCAAUAGUCCUGGCCACACUUGCCUUCGUUCUGGCCACUCGACACGUUAAGCUGCAGCCAGAACCGGAACCUUUGUAUGGGGGUUCUGUUUACAAGGGCCAGAUGAACACAGGCUUCGUUGGUGACGCUGGCAGUCUGGCUGGUUCCCGCAAGUCUCUCAACCUUCAGCCGGUGAUGCUCAUGCCCCAUCCAGACCACGACCGCUUCUCAGAGUUCUCCCACCACACAGCCCGCUCCAAGAACUCCCCCUACCGUGCCCACUAUGCCUCCUCCGUGCAGAAUUUCCAGCUCUAGGCUUCCUUCAGUGGUCUUCCGGUGGCUUUGCCUUUUUGUGCCCUGUGACGGCUUCAUCUCUUGGUCUUAUUUCAGUGACUUGUUUCUCUCCCUGGGUUUAGAAUUCUUGAUGCUGUCUAGUUUACCUCCUCUGUGUAGACUGUUCAGCUCUGUGUAGGAAUAUUUGAUAGUUUUACAUUUAAUAGUUUUUUUUUUUAUAUAUUAGAGUUUUUGUAUUAGGUUUCUCUUUUGGAGAUGUGAAAUUUUGAUGUUUUUGUGUAGGUUCUAUUGUGCAGGGAACCUUGUGUUGGCUCCUUUCUGGUGUGGUGUGAGUGUUUACUUCAGUCCUGCCACAUUUUGCCGGCAGGGGAGUACAUACCGCUGCUGUCGCUGCUGCUGUCGCCACGUCUGUCACCCCACGAGGCUCAGCGGCCCAGCCAUACCCUCAUGUGGGACAGUUGCAAACACACCGACUCAUUAGUUAUAGAAAUGUGUCAACAACGAAAUGAUUCCAGGUGUUGUGAAUGAAAGUAACACACACACACACACACACACACACACACACACACACACACACACACACACACACACACACACAUUGCUACAGGAAAGUGCUCAAUUUCACAUUCAUGCACAAAUAUUUUCCGCACAGUAAUUGUUUCAAGUCAUUUCUUAUCCUCCGAUCUUUAGGGACUGUGUGUGUGUGUGUGUGUGUGUGUGUGUGUGUGUGUGUGUGUGUGUGUGUGUGUGUGUGUGUAGCCAGUGUAACAUGUUCUGUUGUCAUGGUCUACCUGUGCUGUACAUAGUAGUAAUAGUAGUGAUAUGAGUGAACAUUUGGCCAUUUAUAGGUUAACUUGACCCCUGGUGGACAUACGUACAUACAUAACACUGUGGUGUGCCCCAGGGUGGUGUGUAGCAAACCAUUACAGCUACAAGUGUCUAUAUUGCAUUUCCAGAUGUAUUUAUGUCAAACCUCAACUUCCAGUGUUUGUAUGUGGAGGAAUAAAAAAAAGCGUUAAAGAA